GGGAUAUGUAGUUUAUCAUCUUCGCUCUGCUUCCUCGUCUGACUGCACGUAGACCCGCGGCGAGCAGAGAAUCAGGUCAAGAGCUGGGAGAAGGUGGUCGUGGUUUCUAGCAGCAAAGAAGGUGGAAAAGGCACUUAAUGAAGACUAAUGCAGCUGCUUUUCACAUGAUGUCACUAAAAGGGUUGUGUAGCUGUGGAUGAUCAUCAGAGCAGCAGGAUUUCAGCAUCUCAACUUGCACUGAGACUGAAGAUCUCUCCUGGGGGGAACAAAACAAAAAAGUACAGAUUCACUGAUGAGAAUAAAUGUAGACAUUUCAAAGGAUGAUUCUUUUUGGCUAAUUGUUCACAACUGUGUUACAUUGGCCACCUCCAAGCUCUUACGUUCCAGAAGCCCAUGAGCUGUCAGACUGCUGUAGGAUACCUACAGGGCUAGCAGUAAUGAAGUAGUGGAUUCCUAAUUACCAGGAUUACAAACACUUCCUUGAAUUUGUUCCUGUAACAAACCAGCAAGGUGGACAUGGCUAGUCUCGUUAGCAGCUUGAUCAUACUAUUUCUUAUUUUUCAAGACAGCUGUUACAGUUUCAGGAGCCCUCUAUCUGUCUUUAAGAGGUAUCAGGAAUCAACCAGACCUCUUUCCAAUGACUGCUUGGGGACAACGCGGCCUGUUGUGUCUCCUGGCUCCUCAGACUAUACUCUGGAUAUACGAAUGCCCGGGGUAACACCAACGGAGUCUGACACCUAUCUGUGCAAGGCGUACCGGUUGCCAGUGGAUGAUGAAUCCUAUGUAGUUGACUUCAGGCCUCAUGCCAGUAUGGAUACUGCGCACCACAUGCUUCUGUUUGGAUGUAACAUACCUUCUUCCACUGAAGAUUACUGGGACUGCAGUGCUGGGACAUGCGCAGACAAGUCAAGCAUCAUGUAUGCGUGGGCAAGAAAUGCGCCACCCACCAAACUUCCAAAAGGUGUUGGAUUCAGAGUCGGAGGGGAAGGGGGCAGUAAAUAUUUUGUGCUUCAGGUGCAUUAUGGGGAUGUUAGUGCUUUCCGCGAUAAACAUAAGGAUUGCACGGGGGUGACUGUGCAGAUAACCCCAGAGAAGCAGCCAUUGAUUGCCGGUAUUUAUCUCAUGAUGUCGGUGGACACUGUAAUCCCACCAGGAGAAAAAGCAGUUAAUGCAGAUAUUGCCUGUGCCUACAACAGACCCACAAUGCACCCGUUUGCCUACAGAGUUCACACUCAUCAUUUAGGUCAAGUGGUGAGCGGCUACAGAAUCAGACAUGGCAAGUGGACGUUAAUUGGUAGACAGAGCCCCCAGCUGCCGCAGGCAUUCUAUCCUAUAGAGCAUUCGCUUGAUGUUAGUGCUGGGGAUAUCUUAGCAGCCAGGUGUCUUUUUACUGGCGAAGGCAGAACAACAGAGACACGAAUUGGGGGUACAUCUAGUGAUGAAAUGUGCAACUUAUACAUCAUGUAUUACAUGGAUGCUGCACAUGCAAGUUCAUACAUGACAUGCAUACAGACUGGAGAUCCUGAGCUUUUCCAGGACAUUCCCCAGAUAGCAAACAUUCCUGUUCCUGUUAGCCCUGAAAUGAUGAUGAUGAUGGGACAUGGUCAUCAUCAUGAAGAACCAAAAGAACUAGAGGUGAAAACCGCUCUCCAGCAACCUAAAAGAGAAGAAGAGGAAGUAUUAGAUCAGGGUGACUUCUAUUCCCUCAUUUCCAAACUGCUAGGCGAAAGGGAAGAUGUUGUUCAUGUCCAUAAAUAUAACCCAACAGAUGUAAUAGAUUCCAAUCUUGUAGCAGAAAUUGCUAAUGUAGUUCACAAGAGACAGCCUGCCUGGUAUAUUUCCAGGCAAGUUUUAGAACAUAAUGAGAGGCCCAAUACUAUUUUGAACAGAGAUCGGAUUCACAAAUUUCACAAGUUAGAGUCCACAUUGAGACCACCAGGGAACACUCUUGAUCUGGCACAAGCUGCUAGAUCUGAUGGAGUGGGCAACUGGGAGAAUCAACGUCAAGGAGAUUUCCAUAUGGAAGAAGUCCUUGACUGGCCAGGAGUGAAUCUCAAAUUAGGACAAGUGUCGGGGCUAGCUCUGGAUAACAAUAAUAACUUGGUUAUUUUCCACAGAGGUGAUCAUGUUUGGGAUGGAAAUUCGUUUGAUAGGAAAUUUGUUUAUCAACAAAGAGGAAUUGGACCGAUAGAGGAUAGCACCAUACUUGUUGUUCACCCGAACACCUCAGCUAUUCUGAAGUCAACUGGCAAGAAUCUGUUUUAUUUGCCACAUGGAUUAACUGUUGAUAAAGAUGGAAAUUAUUGGGUGACGGAUGUUGCUCUUCAUCAGGUUUUCAAGCUGGGACCACAUGGUGAAGAGUCUCCGCUCUUGAUAUUGGGAAGGGCAUUUCAGCCAGGAAGUGACCGGAAGCACUUCUGUCAGCCCACUGAUGUUGCUGUGGAUCCAAUAACUGGUAACUUCUAUGUGGCCGAUGGCUACUGCAAUAGUCGAAUCAUGCAGUUCUCGCCCAACGGGAUGUUUAUCAUGCAGUGGGGAGAAGAAUCUUCAUCAGAUGCCAGACCUGGCCAGUUUCACAUCCCACACAGCCUGACCUUGGUCCCCGACUACGGGCAACUUUGUGUGGCAGACAGAGAAAACGGCCGGAUCCAGUGCUUUCACUCUGAAACUGGGCAUUUUGUGAAAGAAAUCAAACACAGGAAAUUUGGAAGAGAAUUGUUUGCUGUCUCUUAUGCAGAUGGACUAUUGUAUGCCGUUAACGGAAAGCCUUACUUUGAAGACUUGCCACCGGUGCAAGGGUUUGCAAUGAACUUUUCCAGUGGAGAAAUUAUAGAUACAUUUAUUCCUGCCAGAAAGAGCUUCGACAUGCCUCACGACAUUGUUGCCUCAGAUGAUGGAACGGUAUAUGUUGGAGAUGCACACGCCAACGCCGUGUGGAAGUUCACUCCUUCGGAAAAAGCAGAACAUCGAUCAGUGAAAAAGGCCGGCAUAGCAGUAGAAGAAAUAACAGAAACAGAAAUAAUUGAAACACACGUUAAAAGCAGACCCAAAAUAAAUAAAUCAUCAACUACCGAGGAGCAUGUACAAGAAAAGCAGAGUGUUGUGGAGCACAGCGGUGCCGGGGUGUCUCUGGUUCUGAUUAUCACCCUCUUAAUUAUCCCCAUCGUGGUGCUCAUCGCCAUUGCAAUAUUCAUCCGCUGGAGGAAAGUCAGAGUUUACGGAGGUGAAGCCGAACACAAAUCAGAAUCGACUUCAGGAGGAAUUUUAGGAAAACUCAGAGGCAAAGGAAGUGGAGGCCUCAACUUAGGGACAUUCUUUGCAAGUCACAAAGGCUACAGUAGGAAAGGCUUUGACAGACUUAGUACAGAGGGAAGUGAUCAAGAAAAGGAUGACGACGAUGCCUCGGACUCAGAAGAGGAAUAUUCCGCACCUCCUAUCCCACCACCAGCGGUGUCUUCCUCCUGAAACAGACGACUGACUGCUUCCGCCCAACCUUUUGUCCUUUAGCACGUUUGAAAUUGUGUAUUUAAUUGUAACUACUGUACUAGUCUCUGUGGGCAGUACAAGUGCCAUGGUUUUCUUUCCUUUUUGUUAUUAUGAGUGCUGUUGUAGUCUUUACGUGAACAUUCAAAAAUAUCAUUUUGUUAUCACUAUAUGAAGCUUACAUGGACUAAAUAAUUAAUUAUUUCCGGUUAAAAGGGAACUUUUUUUCCAUUGUUAUGGCCUUCCUCAGCUUUUUCCAAUAGCACUUUAAUUGCCAACUAUGUAUGCUUUUCAUGCCUUUAAAAGUCACAAAAAACUGCAGUACCAAGAUGUGUGCCACAUAGAUACAAAGCUGCUAAAUCUCUUCUAUUUUUUUAAAUUCACAAUAUGAUAUAGCGUCCAAGAAUAGAUGGACAAGAAAAAAAAAGAUAAAACUAUUUAAUGUUAUUCUUUUUUUGUUAUGGUGUUAUUGGGAUGUAUUAUUUUUAGAUGUUUAGAACACUAUUUUCAGAACCUGAAUGUAAUUUGUGUAAUAAAGUGUUCGCAGAGCA